GUCCUCUGCUUCUUGAUUCCUUUAGAAAAACGGCAACAUGAAGUUUCUGGACCUUUUUGGACGACUGAAAUCUGUGGUCAUUGGAAUGAUACAUGUUAAAGCCUUACCAGGCACUCCCCUCAAUGGUAUGAAAAUGUCCCAGAUCACUGAAGAAGCAUGCAAAGAGGCAGAAAUCUACCAUGACAUGGGGAUUGAUGGUCUGAUCAUCGAGAACAUGCAUGACAUCCCCUACUCAUUCUCUGUGGGCCCUGAGGUGUGUGCCUGUAUGACUGCUGUUUGCUCUGCAGUGAGAGGCCUCUGUCCAUCUCUGCCACUCGGAGUGCAAAUACUGUCCUCCGCUAACCAGCAUGCUUUGGCCGUCGCUCUGGCUUCAGGUCUGGACUUCAUCAGAGCAGAGGGUUUUGUCUUUUCUCAUGUGGCUGAUGAAGGCCUUCUGAAUGCAUGUGCCGGGGAUUUACUGAGAUACCGCAAGUAUAUCGGAGCUGAGCAUGUGCAGAUUUUUACUGACAUCAAAAAGAAACACAGCUCACACGCCCUAACAUCAGAUGUGAGCAUCGAGGAAACAGCUCGUGCUGCAGAGUUCUUCCUCUCAGACGGACUCAUCAUCACUGGAUCGGCCACUGGAGUUCAUGCUGACCCACAGGAGCUCAGAGAUGUUUCCCAGUCUGUGAGGAUCCCAGUACUGAUAGGCUCUGGAGUCACAUACGACAACCUUGAGCACUACCUUGAUGCCAAUGGAAUGAUCAUCGGAUCUCAUUUCAAGAAGGGGGGCCACUGGGCCAAUGAAGUCGACCGUGAGCGAGUAAAGCGGUUCAUGGGAAAGAUCCGUGAACUACGACAAUGAGAAUCUGUGUAGUGAAGUUAAUUUUUUGUGAGUUGAAAACUGGAUGGUGUCCUCAAGAAAGAAACCAUAAAUACAUGUGUCAUAUUACAGUUCAAGCAAAAUAAAUGCAGCUCACAUUUUAAGAAAACAAGAUUUAUUUGCAUUUUUUUGUACAUUUUAUAAAUACACACACUUAGAAAAAACAUAGUUUUCAACUGUAUUUACACUCAAGUUUAAAAUGAACAAUAUAUGUAACAUGGAAAAUGUGAGUACAAAAUAGUAGACUCAAUACAAAACACCCAUUAUUUUUGUAAAUCAAACCCUUUGCAGAAAUUUCCAUUUGAAACAAGUACAACUUUUCUUAUGAGAUUCACAGAGUUCAUUUGUGAUCACACUGUACAGCACACUGUGGUAUGACACUAGCUUGUAACUUGUCACAGGAAAAGUUAAAGCCAAGGCACAUCAUAUAGUACACAAUGAAUACAUCAGAGAAGAGCAAAAACUGUCAUUUGG